GCCGAAAUGGAGGGUGAUCCUGAGAGCAGCGCUCCUGAGACGGAGAGCUCCAGAGAGGAGGUGCCUGCUGAAGCUGCCCCCGUCCCUGACAGAAUGAAACGAAAUCAGCUGCAAGCUGUCGAGGAGCUUUUGUCCACCGAGAGGAACUACCUGAACAUGCUGCAGCUCUGCACUGUGGACAUCCGAAGCAGCCUGCAGCUCAAGCAGCUUCCUGCAGUGGAUCUGGCAGGACUGUUUGCGAACAUCGAUGACGUAAUUGACGUCUCCAUCCGAUUGCUGAGCCUCCUAGAGAGGACUGCCCCCACAGACCCACAGUUCCUCGGCCUCAUCGGCGAUGCGUUUCUGGGCCUGAGAGAAGACUUGGAGAGUGUUUACAAGGAGUAUUGUGCCAGCUACACCAACACGCUUGCACUGGAAUCCAGCUACAAGCAGAGUGAGGGACUCUGGCAGGAGAUCAUGCAAACGAUAAAGACUGUUGCACCCCAGACCAACGCCUCAAGCCUGUCCUUCUUCAUGGUGAUGCCAGUGCAGAGGAUUGCCCGCUACCCGCUGCUCCUGCAGAAUGUGCUGAAGAACACAGAGCCCUCUCACCCCGACUACCAGCCGCUUCAAGAGGCUGCAAUUGCCGCUGUGGAGCUCAACAUCCACAUCAAUGAGUACAAGCGCCUCAGGGAAGUGGCCGACAAAUACAAGAAAACAGAGAGCCUUACAAUCAUUGAUAAACUGUGCCGGAUCAACAGGCACAGUAUCGCCAAGAAGACAGCCAGGCUGAGCCAGAUGAUGAAGCAUGAAGCUGGCAUUGUACCCAAGACAGAAGACAAAGAGUUUGACGCCCUGGAAGAAUAUAUGUGUGUCCUGGAAAAGGGGGUUGCAGACCUGCAGGAGAACGUGGCUGUUUAUCUGAAGCAUUUAGAGGACUUCGUCAGAAGUAGACCACACGAGCGGGAUCUGGACAUUGAAAAUGAAGAGGCUGUCAGGUGCUAUAAGGAGAUUUCAGAAGCAAUGCACCAGUGGAUAUACCCCACGCUCAGGCGCAGGCUGGAGGCCCUGGUGUUCAGGCCAAUCUGCACGCUCAGAGAGCUGAUGGCUGGCCCUCGUAAUCUGAUCCGGAAACGCCUGCACAAGCUGCUGGACUUCGAGCAGAUCGAGGAGAAGCGUCGGUUGGGCUCCGUGAGCUACGAGGAGCAGGAGGUCGCAAACACUUACCAGGCCCUCAAUGCGCUGCUGCUGUCAGAGCUGCCACGGCUCAACACCACUGGCACUCAGCUCCUCCUGAACACCCUGGGGGCCUUCAGCUGCAUACAGAGGGACCUGGCUGCGGAGGUGGAGCGGCUCAGCGAAGGGUACCUGCAACAGCUCCCUCACAGCCACCUGCCCCCAGGUGCUUUCUGGGGCUGGGUGGGAGAUGCUAUCCAAGAAGGGACCCAGAAGGUGCAGAGUGCCAGCCAGAUCAUCGGAAAACAUCUCAACACCCCAAUAGCAAUGCCCCUGAGCCCCUCCAGCCAGCAGCGAUUGAGAACGCUCUCCCAGAAGUACAGACCGGAGCGCAUCUACCAGGUCAGCAGCAACGUGGGGGGCAGCCGCGAGCUGGACCUGACCCUGCUGAGGGGGGAGCUGGUGGGGGUCCUGCAAGAGAUGGACACGCGUGGAGACCAGCACCGGUGGCUGGUGGAGGCUGGAGGUCGAAGGGGGUACGUCCCAGCUGGAAAACUAAAACCCUACCACCAGGUGGCGCUGACACCCUCCCUUUCCCUGUCUCCGUCCUUCUCCCCCUCCCGCUCUCCAUCCCUCUCCAUCUCUCCCUCCUGUUUUCCCUCUUCCCAGUAUUUAUCUCCUGUUGUGGGCGGUGCAGAGUGCAGGAGACACUCCUACACUGAGAUGACAAUGACAGACAAGACUACAGCCCCUCCCUGCUUCCAGGUGUUAGCGGGCUACGACUUCUCAGCGCGUGGCUCCCACGAGUUGAACCUGCAGGCUGGGGAGCAGGUGACGGUGCUGGAGCCCCACGACAAACGAGGGAGCCCCGAAUGGAGCCUGGUGGAGGCGCGGGGCCAGAGGGGGUACGCCCCAUCCAACUACCUCAUGGUGGUGCCAAUGGUGGGGGGCCAUGCCAGCGCCCCCAGCUCCCCCAAUCUGCUGAGAAAAUGAAACUCCAACAUGCACUGUGCUUUACUAAGUCACUAGUCCUUGCAAAAGAAACACAGUGGCUGCUAGACCUGGAAAUCCAGGGCUCUGGUCUGAAGAAGCUUGCUUUUAGAGGGCCUGCACAGCGUGGACAGCGUUUCUCUUGUAACAUCAUCCUUGGCUCAGCAGGCUGCAAAUGUUCAGUCCAUUGGACACCAGUGGUUGGCCAGAGCACUGAUACAGAUCUGUCUGGAUUCCAAGAGGCAACGCUUUAAUUACACAGUGACCAAGCGUGAAGACCCUGGGGAUUAUAUAAUAGCUAGAGUGCUUUCAUUGUUAUUAAUAUGGUUGGUAGUGCAGCACUGCUGAAUAAAGUACUCUGACUGACUGCAUCCCCAGCUGCAUGUCCUGAUGCUGGCAUGAAAGUUAAACCAAUUUCAAGCACGCACUGGAAAUGUGCCACUUUAUGUCUUCUCUGCUUUUGGUUUCUUUGCCUACAGCUGCAUGGGUGUCGGACACAAGAUUCCUAACCCCAGCGUCACUGCGCUCCGAUCCCCAGACUCAGUCCUCUGGUGAGUGCUGUGAACCCCAACAUCACUGCACUCUGAUCCUCAGACUCAGUCCUCUGGUGAGUGCUGUGAACCCCAACAUCACUGCACUCCGAUCCUCAGACUCAGUCCUCUGGCGAGUGCUGUGAGUUCGCAGUGAGGCUUGCACAGGGAGAAGGAGUUCAGAGGUUGUAGUGAAACUCUUUUUACCUACCUUUUAAUCCGCUGCUAAGGGGCCUGGGGUUUGGCCUGUUGCCCGGCACCUUGUUUUUGUUUUGUUUUUAAAUAACUAAGCUCUGUUUGCGUAUUAAACAUCACGCAAUGUUUUUAGCA